AUGACAGCCUCAGAACUAUCAUCCGAAAUUCUAUCACAAAUUGCGGAGUAUCUAUCGACAAAAGACAGGCUUUCUGGCUCUAUUACUUGCAAGACAUGGAGAUACCCGUUUCAAGAUUCUCUUUGGAGAGACAUACAAGUCGAUACAAGACACCCUCUCAAGGAUAUAAACGACAGAAUCAAACCCUACAACAAUGCAUAUACACCAUACGGCUUUAUGGUACACAGUUUACGCUUUGAAACAUACUACGAAAUGAUUAUGGUACAGCAGGAUGACUUCAUUAGCUACCUACCAGAAUUGAAGCAUCUCGAUUGUAAAACUUGUGAUGGCUACUAUAUGAAGCAAUUUAAGACAAAGUCUAAGAAGAUAUGGAUGUCUCUGGAGAGCUUGAAAACCGACUAUCAUGGGCCUGAAAUGUGGUCAAUAAUAGAGCCCGAUAUUGGUGUCUUAAUAAUGUGUCCCAUGCUCCAGAAACUUGAAUUCUAUAAAGAAUUAUAUUGCAGUCCAAAAACCUUUAGCUUACCAGACUUUGACAGUAUACACCAAACGCUAAAGCAGCUGUCCCACUUCAAUGCUAGUUUCCGUCCUGAUCCUGACGACUCAUAUACAGACGACGAGAUCAUAGAUACUCCGCCAGCAAUCACCAUGGCAACCCUUGAUAUAAUGAUUUAUAAAUUCUCCCCUCGGUGGCUGUAUUACGUUAGCUACAAAUAUCCAAACUUGCGAUCCCUGAAAUUGGAUAUCUCAAAUUCAUUUCAUGGGUGGACAGACCAUACCCUGAUGGAAAGAAUAGCAUACACAUAUCCCUGUCAUGCAAAAGGCCUCCAACACUUGGAAACACUAGAACUUACAACUCCGAGUAUUUCUGACUGGGUUCCUCUUGUUUUUUGGGAAUUUAUUGAUCCAUUAAGAUCCCCCCUCAAGAACAUAAAGUUCAAAGCAGCAUAUCCCCAGGAUGAUUCACUAUUUUUCGCCCAGUUGUAUGCAACGUAUAUUAAAAGAUCUCUAAAAUCCUUUUCCGAAACACUCGAGACCCUUUCCAUCGAAGGAACAGCAUUUUUCGAUAUUAAAUAUGGUCCACCACUUGAACUAUCUUCUUACGCACCAUUCUUGAAGGAUCUUUAUAUCAAAUCUUGUGGUAUAUCAAUUAACCUGGAAAACGUAUUGGACAAAUGUCCAGCCCUGAAACGAUUAAGAUAUUUUGGUGGGCAGCUGCUGAUUAAUUCCAUCACGAUAAAUCAAGAUGAAAAAGACCAACGGCAUCACGGGCUGGAAAUUCUGGAAUUACGGCGGGUCGUUACAAGUGCCGAAGUCUUUAGUCGUCUUUCUUUCAGGUGUAGACGUCUACAAUACAUGAAUUUGAGCUCUUUAUUGGUCAGUGGAUCUAUUUCCAAGAAAACCGGGUGUCUGCUUCUCGAUAUGCCAUACACUUUCUUCAAGGUGGUGCGCCUGGCCCAUAUCAAAUAUCGUUCACCUUACAAAAGAAUAUAUGGGGAUACUAUUAUCAGUCUGACUCUCGUGUCCCAAUUGAACGAUCAUCUGUCAUUACCAUCACUGGCAUUACCAUCCUCACGAACAGCAACAAAUAUAGAUCUUAAAGAAGUGAAUCCAGAAUCUCUUGCUGUAGUAACGCACAGAAAUAUCGCUUGGUUCCACACAUUUCUUGAUGUUGUAUUUGAAACGGAUACCAGAAUAGGCAUCAGACAACUUUCAGAGCAAGAAGCCAGUACUGCAGUCGGAUUCUAUCAAAGCUUCCAGUCCAAUAGAGACAAUCAACCAAGAAAGGUAGAUAUGCCGUUAGAUGGGGAUAAUCUCAAGGAAGAUUGGAAAGACAAACUUUGUAGAGGCUAUGGAGAAUUGAGAUGUGGCCAGGUAGAGAAGUACAUUCUUCCAAGUGAUUCAAAAUAUGACAAAUAUUUUUGGAAAUACUCGUACAUUCGCAGUGUCAUUGUGAACCCCAAAAACACAUCUAGAUCUUGUGGCCGAUUCGUUCACGGUCUACGUAUAGGCGAUUGCUGCACUAUACUAAACAGGCGACAAGAUGAAUUUUUUAAAUCUAUGCCCAACUUGAAGCAUCUUAAUCUUGGCUGCAUGACUUAUCAAGAAAUGAAUAAAAAUAUGACAAGAUCUAACGCUGCGUGGAUGUCGUUGGAAAGUCUGAGAAUCGAAAUCAACUAUAAUCAAAGAAUAAGAUUGACACCAGAUUUCGUUGAGUUUUUAAAGACAAUUAGCAAGCUCCAGAGAUUAGAAAUAUUUACGAGGAAUCAAUUAUGUCUAGUAAUCUUUGGCCAGAAUGACUUUGAUGACUUGCACAAAAAUUUGCAACGGCUUUCAUCAAUAAAGGCAUAUAUCUCUCUCGACUUUUCUGCUACCCUUAAAGAUAGCACAGUGCCAGAUAUCAUACCAGCACUUGCAUUGACAGCCCUCGAUUUAAGGCUAGGUGAAUGGAGUCCUCUGUGCAUGUAUUAUUUUUGCUACAAGUACCCAAACUUGCUUACCCUGAAGUUGGAUGUCUCGAAUUCGUAUACCACAGUACAUUAUAAUCAAAUUCGAGGAACCGGACCUCCUUUUUAUAUCAGCCCAGACGCACUUCGACACCUGGACACAUUCGAAUAUAUAACUAAAGAGGAAGCACAAAAUACACGAACGCUCGAGAGAAUUUUGAUUGCUGGAGGAACCGAUGGUGACAGAUCUACUUCAAGCCUAGAGCUUUCCUCUUAUUGCCCAUUAUUGGUGGAUAUUACUAUCAUGGACUGCAAUGUGUCUAUUGAUCUUGACAAUCUGUUGGACAACUGCGUGGCUCUGAAGCAAUUGAGACUCUCUUUGGGUAACCUCUUGAUCAACUCAGUCCCAACAGAACUAGAACAGCAACAACAGCAUGGACUACGCAUAUUGAAACUAAAUGGAGUUAAUACAAGCUCGGAUAUAUUCAGUCGCCUCUCCUUCAGGUGCAGACGUCUGGAGUACAUGAGCUUGGUCUCCACUUAUGCGAAAGGACCUAUUUCUGAGAAAACAGGGUGCUUGCUACUUGAUAUGUCCUAUACGUUCUUCAAGAUAUUACUUUUCGGCAAUGUCACAUACUGCUCAUCUGAUGAGUAUGGGAAUGAGAAAUCUGUUAUCAGUGUUUCGCUUUUAUCACAGCUAAACAAGCCUAUACAAUCAAACGACAAAAAGGAAGAAGGGAAAGGAGAUUCAGUAUCUAAUGUAACAAAUCAUCGUAACCUUCACCACAUCGCUUGGUUUUACAACUGUCGUUAUAAUACAUAUAGCUGGGACAGAACAAAGGGUAUCGUACAGCUUUCAGAGGAAACUGUUGAUACUUUUGUGGAAUACUUUCAAAAUUUCCAGUCAAAUAAGAUAUCAGAAGACCUGGGAUUAGGUGGAUUAGGAGGUAAUCCUAUUAUGAAUGAGUCAUGGAAAUUAGAUCUAUAUAAGGGGUAUGGUGAAUUUAGAUGUGGAAACAUAGACAAGUAUAUUGUAUAUGGAGUUACAGAUGAUAACGAAGUGGAUUGGGAUAAGCUGUACGAUAACCUUUCUUAA